ACCGAUGAUUUACCACAGUGAACACAACAGCAAAACAAAAAGCUGUGCAGUUUGAAAAUCACAUUUCGCUUACACGGAUGGUAUUAAUUUUAGAGAAUAAAGUUGUUAAACGUAUCGCUUAGUAUGUAGUGCGUGUUGUGUAGUUCAUCUGACCAAAUAGAUAGUGCCGAUCAAUUUUCAUUCGAUAUCACCGUUUACGUUUACGCACCGAAAAAAGAAGACAACGAAGAAGUUGGUUGGUUUUGAUUUGUGGUGUGCCGCGUCGUUCCACCCUGUUUGCAUAACAUUGCAGCGUACGCACUAAGCGCUACGUCGUCCGGAGUGAUUAAUUUUCGCUGCUAUUAGAUUUAUUUGAUUUGCGUGUCUUGUUCUAGCAGUAUGAGUGUGUGCAUGGUGUAGUUUGUUAAAUGUUCCACCGCGAAACAGAAUCUGUGUUGUAAUGCUAUGAGCAGCAACAGUCCUCCUUCGCGAAUGAGUGGCGAUCGUACACCACGAUCGAGAAGAAAGUUGCGACGUGAUACUUUGUCUGUCCGUGUGUUCGUUCGUUUGAUAAAUUUAGAGAAAUCGAUCGCCGUACCGUGAUGUGUUUUUUGCCUCCGAAGUGGCACACGCUGAAAGUAAAAAGCUGCUCCAAAGUGCUUCCGUUUGCUUCCCCAGCGGUUCUGAUGAUCAAGCAAUUUGCGGGGAAAAAUGCUUCGUACUGAAGCGGAAAAAAGAAGCCUCAAUGGAAUGUGGUGCCUCUUUCUUUGACGUCCGAAUGUGUCCCUUUUGCAAUCGACCGUAAACAUCACCGAAAAAAAAAGGAGAGCAUUAAAAAAACAGUGCCAUUCACACAGGUCCACACCGUCCGCCAGCCAAACUAGGUGUCUGCGUGUCAAACUGCAAAGUGGCGUUUUGGGCAUUGGAAAAUUGUUUCCACCGUCGCCGUGGAGCCGUAGCGGUCGCGCUCAAAUGCUGCCGAUGUUGAAAGUGAAGCAAAAAUGAAGUGUAAAUGCAAUACCGCUGCAAUAGCUGUCGUGUCAAAAGUGGGCAAACCCAUCAUCGUAGUAGCAUCGUCGUCGUCGUUGUCACCGUCGCCAUCAUCGUCGUCAUCGGUGGUGUCAGCAUCAAUCCUGCACGCCGGUGUAGGAAGCUCGAAGCAAGCGCAUAGGUGCGUGCGGUAGCGAUCAUCCACUGUGGUCCAUUUCCCUCACAGCACUGCACAUGCACAGCAUCGGUCAACGAUUCCAUUUGUAGUGGUGUAGGUGAUGCACUAGCAGUACCGUCGUUCGUUUGCAUUCGAGCAGUGCGAUUAGAUUUAAUUAGCUACGUAUUGUAUGGAUUCGUCAAGGCAAAAUUUGCGGCGAUAGUGGUGCAGCCAUUGGCAUGCGAAAGUAGAAUAAAUUCUGGAGAAACACACCAUCGUUGAAGUGAAUUUAACGUCGAAGGUUAAUGUAAAUGCGCUUGCGCUUCUAGCCAUUCGGUCAUCGUUUUCAACCCGACAAGAUCAGUUUCUGCGUCAACUGUCGUAGGAGUGCGAAAAAAAAGAAAAGAAUUACGACCAAUCACCAUCCCAAGCCAGGGGGCAGGGUAACCAGAAUCUGAGCAAACGGCGAUCAAACGAUCGUACACUGUGUGUGGGUGAGCAGCAAAAGUUAAAGAAAACUAAAACAAGUAACAGAAAUCAUCUGGAAGUGCGUGUAUCACAGCAUACGGAAUACAGUCUACUACGAACUCAAAAUGCCUUUCCGCCUAAAGUUGAAAAAAUCUCGCCAUUACAAUGUCAUGUCCAAGAGCCUGUUCGUCAUAUCCGUCGAUCAUUUGGACUCAUCUACCAAGAUCGACUGCACGCUAAGCUCGGAAAGCACCGGCCAAGAAUGUCUGGAGAAUGUAUGUCAACGAAUAUCGAUCCAACAACCGGAGUUCUUUGGUCUCCGAUAUGUGGUCAAAGGCACGACCGAUGAGAUGCGAUGGGUGGACCUGGAACGUCCGCUCAGUCGUCAGCUGGAGAAAUAUUCAGCCAACUCGAAGAUUUUACACCUGCGCGUGAUGUACUAUGUACUGUCGGGCGUCAGUUUGAUACAGGACGAGGGUACGAGAAACUAUUACUUCCUGCAGCUGAAGCACGACGUUGUGGAGGGUCGCAUCAAUUGUGAUCCUCGGCAGGCGGUGAUACUAGCAAACUACAGUCGCCAGGCAGAGUAUGGUAAUCAUCAGGAUCGACACACGGUUGAGUACCUCAAGACGUUGCUGUCCUUUCCGCAUGAGAUGGUUCAUGCAAACCUGCUGGAAGCACUAACGGAACAGGUGAUCCAGCAGGCACAUGAACUGCACAACGUAACGCAAGGUGACGCAGAAAGUCUGUACAUCUCCGCUUGUCAGCAGCUGGACGGUUAUGGCCAGGAAACAUUCACAGCGAAAAACGAAAGCGGGCUGGAGGUCAUGUUGGGAAUCUCAGUGUCGGGCAUCAUAGUCGCAAGUGACACAAACAAGUUUUACCCGUGGCGUGAUAUUACGAACGUGGUGAACCACAAGCGUGCGUUCAAUAUUGAGUGCACAGUGCCACGGGAAAGCGCCGGAUUCACUGUGGCAGACGUUGCUACCGGUCGUUACAUCUGGAAGCUGUGUGCAUUGCAGCACCGAUUCUUCGUCACGUACGAGCAGAAUCAGACGCAAGCGAGCCAAAUGAACCUGAAUCUGUUCCAGAAUAUGGGUGACAAUUUGAACGACAGUCGGGAUGAUCUGUUGAGCGAACAGCAGUACAUGCAUGCGCAGCAACAUCAACCGAGUCCAUCGCCGGGAGGAUCUCAGCCUCCGUACCAGGGCUCGAUGGGGACGACAAGUUGGCCAAGUACACACGAACUGGCAUCGCAUUCGUCGAGCAUGUGGAAUAAUGCGACCCAUCAACAGCAUGCAAUAGUAGACACACAGCCCGGAGGCGGUGGAGGCGGUGGUCACUUAUCCUCUAGCAAUAUCACAAUUGCGACCGGUGUUGGCGGAAGCAUCAAUAAUCUCAACAAUCUCAAUCCGGUAAAUAUGAUGCAGUCGUCGCGUUCUUCCGGGCUCGAUAUGAACCUCAACUCGACAUCCAACACCACGGUACCGUUGGAGUACUCGAACCAGAUGGGUUCCAACUGGGGUUUAAAUCCGGUCGGUUCAAAUGCUUCGCUGAUAAACCGUGCCCAAAGUUCGUCUUGUUUGGAUUUAAGCAACAAUAAUCUAACACCCGACCGGGAUCGGCUAAAAGCGCUCCUUCCGACUUAUCGACCAGCGCCGGAUUACGAGACAGCUAUACAGCAAAAGUACCGUUCAAGUAGUAACGAUGUGCGCCUGGUUAAUGGGAAUUUACUGCACCUGUCCGCCUCGCAAAUGCUCGCGGCACAAGAGCAACAGCACCAGCAACAGGUAGCACCAGCAGGACAUCAUCUCGAGUACGGAAUCACCGGUAGUCAACCGGAUGUGUCCUAUUACGGACAGCAUUUGCAGCAACAGCAGCAACAGUCAGCCACCCAACAACAAGUUCACCAGCAACCAUAUCCAGAUGUAACGCAUCAUACAACGACUCACAUAAUAGGUCCACACUACUCGGAUGCGUCCGAUUAUGGGUUGACGCACCGAUUUAAAAUGAUGCGACUGGUAAAACCACCUCCGCCAUAUCCCGCCAAUCGACUCAGUUCGACCUCAACGCCCGAUUUGGCUUCCCAUCGGGCACUGCUCGGACUGCGCAGUGCUCAAGUGUCCGGUUCUAGUCCCGAUCUAGUGUCAACGCGUCCCUUGAUGAAUCAUCAUCAUCAUGCGGCACAUCUUCCACACCAUCAGCUACAAAUUGCUCACCUUUCGCAGAGCGGUGGUCAAGUUUGCUAUCCUGGCUUAGCGACUGCUGGCAAUACUCAUGCACAGCUGCAUCAUUCCCAGACGAUGCUACCACACGGAACGUAUGAGAAUUUAAACUUUAUGGAGAAUCUAACAUCAACAAAAGCUGGGCUAAUGUCGGCCGCGAAUCAAGCUGCUCCGGGUAAUGUGUACUAUUAUGUUCCGGGAGGAAUGGAGCAUAUUUUGCUAACUAGUGGAAGUGCACCGGGCGGUGAUAGUAACAAUCCGUCCUACCACACUACUGCCAAUGGUCAUAUCGGAUUAGCCCCGAAAACGCUGCUGAACCGAUCAUCUCAGCAUAUCAACGGAUCGAUCGAACCUAUUUAUGAAAACGUUCCACUACCCUGGAAGGAUGACAACGAAGCAUUGGGAGAGGUACGAAACCGAACUGCAAGCGUUCAGUCAGCUCCGGGAGUGCAGCAUCAACCGACGAUGCGACCGAUGCCUCCUACGCCACCGCAACCACAAACGCCAACUAGUACCAGUGCACCGGUGAGUGGUCUAGAUGGUGGUGCCAUGUUUAACAUUCAGUCUCAGGCCCAACAACCGCAGCAACAGCUACAACACAAGCCAUCUGUGCAGCAACAAACACAGGAACAGUCAACAGGACGCCAGCAACUGAUACAACAGCGAGUUUCAGAAGCGGGAGGAUCAACCACAUUAAUGGGUCCACCGGCGCCUUCAUCAGCCGAUGUUCCAAAGCACCAAACCAAUAAUCAUUCAGGCAGUAUAGACACUCAGCUGAACAUUUCUACCACGACGACAACAACGACGGCAUCGAGUGGAACAACGGCACAAUUGGGCAAGGAACCAACAGCUAUAAAUCGUUCACUUUCAUCGAAUAAUGUUCUUGAUGCUUCACAACUCUCCAACUACACACUGAACGAGACUGUCCAGAGCGGUAGCGUUCGCAAUGGGCACAACGAUUCCGGCAUCAGUUCAAUUACGGGAUCGACUAAUCUUGGAGGUAGCGGUGGUAGUACAACUAGUCGUAACACUACUCAUAACAAUAGUUCGGCAAACACUUCAACCACUACGACGUCAUCCGUGAAGGAAACGAAGCGAAAGCGCAUCUGGGAAAUACUCGGCGGUCGAUCGAAAAACUCCACGGACAAGCAGAAAAGUGCCACCCUUGGACGGGAGAAGGAUCGCAAAAAGAAAGGCUCCGUAGAGCCCAGCGUAGAUGGCAGUGGAAGUGGUGGAAGUGCUAACUCAUCUAUGAAUGAGGGAGCAAACGGUGGACAGCUACGCCAUCGUUGGUCAACGGGAUUACCAAGGUUACAACCAUUGCCGGCAAAUAUUAGCAAAGAGAAAUUGUGUUCGCUAUUGGAAUCGAAACUGGCGGAUCCUCAGCUGUACUGUGAAUUUGAGCGCAUACCUAAGCGUAGUGAAAGCGCCAUCUACAACUGUGCCUUGGCGGAGGAUAAUAAAAAUAAAAACUUUGAUUCAUCCUUUCUGCCGUACGAUAACAAUCGAGUGCGAUUAACACCGACCCGGGAUAACCGUAUGGGUUACGUGAAUGCUUCUCACAUAACAAGUACGGUUGGUAACAAGCAAAGGUUCUAUAUUGUCGCCGAGAGCCCGAACGACACACUGACGACCAACAUAUUCUGGCAGUGCGUCUGGGAGGCGGAUGUUUAUUUACUGGUGCAACUAUCCAAAGAAGUUAACUAUAUCCCGCAAACGAGUGAACGCUGCUUGGAAUAUGGGCAGUAUCAAGUAUGGCGCGAAUUUUCCCAAGAGACCGAUCGCUGCACAACGAGCAAAUUGCGCGUCUACCACACACAAAGUCGUCGUUAUCGAUCGGUGUGGCAUUUGUCGUACACGGAGUGGGCCGAUCAGAACUGCCCAGGCGAUGUUGGACAUUUUUUGGGAUUUUUGGAAGAAUUAAACUCCGUUCGGUUGGCCUCAAUUGCGGAGGUUCCACCAUCGCACAAUACCAAUCCGCCGGUGUUAAUACACUGCAACGAAGGUGGUGGACGAACGGGUGUGACAUUAGUAGCGGACUUAUUGCUGUAUACAUUGGAUCAUAAUCAGGACAUUGACAUACCGCGAUUGAUUGGUCAAAUACGACAACAGCGGGACAGUAUCAUACCUUCAUUAGCGCAGUACAAAUUCAUCCAUGCACUGCUGAUACACUACUUAAAGCAAAACAGACUGAUCUAAGGCUAAUGAUCGAGAAACACACUGCAAGGUGCUAUGUAAAAACUAUGCAAGUUUUGGUUAUUUUUCUGACUGUUUCUAAUCAGAUCACUUUUGACGAAUAUGAGAAAAAAAAGAACGAGUGAAAAGAUCAAAGCACUAAAUUAGUAGGUAACGCAAGUGCCUUAUUAUUAAAAACACGCCAAAUCUGACCGGUAAAGCAGCGAGCAAUACCCAUAGCUACCAAUGAUUGUACUUGAUCGCAAAUGUAUUUGAUAGAAAGCACAAAUUAAGUGUAGUGCUCUUACCAGCUGCAGGCAAACGGGCAAUAAAUCAGCAAACCUAUGAUCAAUGCGAACGUUAGUAUUAGUUUAGAUGAAAAUGAUGUAUUAUUUGAUCUUUUAAAAUCUUUUAAAUUAACAAUAACGAAAUCCUACGGUACUACGUGGAAAGAUAAAAUGUUUUAGCUAGCUAGUAUUACAAUUCCAACUACUAAUGCAAUUACUUUUUGUACCAUCUAUGUCAAUAAGCGUAUCGUGUAAAAGAACGACAGAACGACGUUAUAAUUAAAGUUUAAUUUCAACCACCAGUAUAGAGAGUUACUUUCGCGUCAAUAAUGUAGAAAUGUGCUAAAUUUUUGUAAGACUUCGUGUCGUAACUAUCGUGGAAAGUAGGGAUAAAAGGGGUACGAGAAAAAGCAAUUGUUUUAGAUGUGCAAAUGAUUAACAGGAUAACGAAAAAGUAUUUCCUUCGCUGUAUACAUGUAGGUGAUUAUUUAUGUGUACGUCGUUAUGUGACCACUAGUGGCUGUAUUUUUAUAACUGUAGGCAACGAUUUAAGCAAUGUAAUAAUGUAAUAAAAUUUGACACCAUGCAUUCAUUUGUACUUCUCGCUCAA